AUGCAGACAAAGCGGUUCUUGGGCCUGAACGGCACCAAGCUGCAGAUCGCCAUUGGCUUUCUGGCUGGCAUGGACUUUUUGUUGUUCGGAUAUGACCAAGGUGUGACCGGUGGCUUGCUUACGCUCACUUCUUUCAACAAAUACUUCCCUGAAAUCAACACGUUGGAUUCAUAUACCGAAGGAUGGACGCAAGCAGAGAAGAAUAACCAGUCAACACGUCAGGGUAUCACAGUUGCAGCAUACAACUUGGGAUGUUUCGCCGGCUCAAUUCCCACGAUUUGGAUUGGUAACAUCCUGGGUCGUCGCAAGGCUAUCUUCGUGGGAUCUUUCAUCAUGUGCAUCGGUGCGAUUCUGCAGUGUACUUCGUACGGGCUUGCUCAACUCGUUGUCGGUCGAUUGGUAACCGGGUUCGGCAAUGGCAUCAACACAUCCACGGUUCCUACCUGGCAGUCCGAAUGCUGCAAGUCUCACCGACGAGGCCAAAUGGUCAUGAUCGAGGGUGCCAUGAUCACUUGCGGUAUCACCAUCAGUUACUGGAUCGAUUUUGGAUUGAUGUUUGCCGACCCCAAUGAAGUUGCCUGGCGGUUCCCGUUGGCUUUCCAGAUCUUCUUCGCGGCCAUUAUUUUAGGAUUCGUCAUGUUCCUGCCUGAAUCACCCCGUUGGCUCAUCCUGAAGGGCCGUGAGGAAGAAGCAAGGGAAGUCCUGGCAUGCUUGAUGGGUGACGAGACCGAUGAGCUGUUCAUUGACACCGAGUUCACUGCUAUCAAGGCGACCGUUCUGGAGAUGGCAAAAGGAUCGUUCCGAGAUAUGUUCACCAUGGGCGAGGACCGUCACUUCCACCGCACUAUGCUCGCAUAUGUCAACCAAAUGUUCCAGCAGAUCUCUGGUAUCAACCUGAUUACUUACUAUAUCCCAACUCUACUUGAAUCCAAUGUCGGACUGGACGCCACGACAUCACGUUUAAUCGCCGCCUGCAACGGAACUGAAUAUUUCAUUGCUUCCUGGAUCGCCGUGUUUACUGUGGAGAAGUUUGGACGUCGGUCACUUAUGCUGUUUGGCGCAGUCGGAAUGUCCAUUUCCAUGGCGGUUCUGGCCAUCUCCGACAGCAUUUCCUCCUCCCACAAGCAGACCUCUACCGGUGUCAAGGCUGGCGUUGCCCAAACAGUUUUCUUGUUCGUGUUCAACACCUUCUUUGCUAUCGGCUGGCUUGGUAUGACUUGGCUGUACCCUGCCGAAAUUGUUCCAUUGAAGAUUCGUGCACCAGCCAAUGCGCUUUCUACCUCUUCCAACUGGAUCUGGAACUUCAUGGUUGUCAUGAUCACCCCCGUGGCCUUCCAGAGCAUCGGCUACAAAACCUACGUUAUUUUCGCCGUAAUUAACGCGGCCAUCGUACCUGUCGUCUACUUCUUCUUCCCAGAAACCACCAUGCGGUCCCUGGAAGAGAUGGACCUCAUCUUCCGCAAGACUACAAAUGUCUUCAAUGUGGUCUCGGUUGCCCGCACCGAGCCGCACAUGUACGGUCCGAAUGGUGAACUCCUGCGUACUCUGGAUGAUAUCGAAGAUAGUGCCGUUCGUCGUGCCAGCAUCAUGAACAAGGAGAGCAAGGCUCACGGCCAGAGUCAUAGCCAACAUGCAGAGAAAUAUAGCGAUGGAAACACAAGUGAGGAACGAUCUGUUUGA